AAGGGCCUGAGCGGCUCGCUGCCCUCUUCCAAGAUGGCCGCCGCCGCCUCUGUGACAGGACUGGUCACGUGGGCGCGCUCUCUUGUGAGGUCGCGGUGCAUCGGCAAGCGAUUGUCCCUUUCCGGGCCCCGUCCCGAGGCGGCGACUAUCCCUGUCAACCGGAGCCUGAACGAUCAUGGCAACGGGCUCAGGCGGGGAGCGCGUGGUGGCGGCGGCGGCGGCAGUUUGGUCGCGGGCCGGGGCAGCGGAGCGGCGGCGGGCAGCCGGGAGCUAGGCACGCUGCCGGGCUACGAGGAGCGAGGAAGCACCGAUCACCUGCGCCCCGCGCCCCACCCCGCGCCCGAACUCACCGCUUGCUGGAGCGACUGCCCCCGGAGCCGGGGCCGGGGCCGGUACCGGCGCGGCUCGGGUUCGCUGCGGCCGGUCACCGUGGACAGCUCCAAGGCGCGCACGUCCCUGGACGCGCUGAAGAUCAGCCUUCGGCAGCUCAGGUGGAAGGAGUUCCCAUUUGGCCGGCGCUUGCCUUGUGACAUCUACUGGCACGGAGUUUCAUUUCGCGACAGUGACAUACUCUCCGGUCAAGUGAACAAAUUUCCAGGCAUGACGGAGAUGGUGCGUAAAAUCACCCUGAGCAGAGCGCUGAGAAUCAUGCAGAACCUGUUUCCGGACGAGUACAACUUCUACCCUCGCUCGUGGAUUCUGCCCGAAGAGUUCCAGCUCUUUGUCACUGAGGUUCGGAUGGUGAAAGAUGGUGACCCGACCUGGAAGCCCACCUUUAUUGUGAAACCAGACAGCGGUUGUCAGGGCGAUGGAAUCUACCUCAUUAAAGAUCCCAAUGACAUCCGCAUGACUGGGACCCUCCAGAACAGGCCAGCAGUGGUCCAGGAGUACAUCUGUAAGCCUCUCCUUAUUGACAAGCUCAAGUUUGACAUCCGUCUGUACGUCCUACUCAAGUCCUUGGAGCCCUUAGAGAUUUAUAUAGCCAAAGAUGGACUCUCUAGAUUUUGUACAGAGCCAUAUCACGAGCCGAACCCCCAGAACCUGCACCACGUCUUCAUGCACUUGACCAACUACUCGCUCAACAUCCACAGCGGCAAGUUCGUCCACUCUGACAGCGCCAGUACGGGCAGCAAGAGGACUUUCUCUAGCAUUCUCUGUAGACUCUCUUCCAAAGGCAUUGAUAUCAAGAAGGUCUGGUCUGACAUCAUCUCCUUGGUGAUCAAGACUGUCAUCGCCCUGACUCCGGAGCUCAAAGUUUUCUACCAAUCAGACAUCCCUACAGGGAGGCCAGGGCCCACCUGCUUCCAGAUUCUAGGCUUUGACAUCCUUCUGAUGAAAAACCUGAAGCCUAUGCUACUUGAAGUGAAUGCAAACCCCAGCAUGAGAAUUGAGCACGAAUACGAACUCUCUCCAGGGGUGUUUGAAAAUAUCCCCAGCCUGGUGGAUGAAGAGGUGAAGGUGGCCGUGAUCAGAGACACGCUGCGCCUCAUGAAUCCUCUGAAGAAGAAGAAGGAGAUGCACUUUCCAGAUAUCUGUAUGGACAGAAAACACAGAAUCCCUGCAGUUUCUGACAGAAUGUCUUCAUCGAAGCUUAAGGGCGCCUCGCUUUUCGUAGCCAGGUCUCAGCAUCCUGGAAAGCCUUUCGCUGGGAAGGAAGAUCUGGACUGUGACCUGACCGGUGAUCCUGACUCCAACCCCGAAGCCCACCUGCCCUCCAUUUGCCUCAAGCAGGUGUUCCCCAAAUAUGCCAAGCAGUUCAACUAUCUACGCCUGGUAGACAGAAUGGCCAACUUGUUUAUCCGAUUCCUGGGAAUCAAGGGGACAAUGAAGUUGGGACCAACUGGCUUUCGGACCUUCAUAAGGAACUGCAAGCUGAGUAGCAGCAGCCUGUCCAUGGCUGCAGUGGACAUCCUCUACAUUGACAUCACAAGGAGGUGGAACUCCGUGGCCCUCGACCAGCGGGACUCAGGGAUGUGUCUCCAGGCAUUUGUCGAGGCUUUCUUCUUCCUGGCCCAGAGGAAGUUCAAGCUGUUGCCUCUGCAUGAGCAGGUGGCCUCCUUGAUCGACCUGUGUGAAUAUCACCUAUCUCUGCUGGAUGAGAAGCGCUUGGUGUGUGGCCGGGGCCGGCGCCCCCAAAGUAGUCCUCCUCAGGAGACCAACCCCACAACCCAGUCAGCCGCAGGCAGCCCUGCACCCCGCAUAAUCGGUGCUAAUAAGCUGUCUCCCUCUAGACACGCUCUGUCCUGAAGGCCCCAUGCCGUCCUGGAAGAAGGUGUGCGCUCGGGGGCUGAGUACCCUGGGCUGCCCUGAUCUGUGGGGAGCCACCAGGAUCCCAGCUGCAAUGGCCGGGAGUCCUCUGUGUUCUGCAGGGCUCUCACCUCACAUGGCUAAUUCUUGCCCACCCUCCUCCCAGCGCUUCAUGACCCACCCUGUUUGUGAGUCAUCAGUAGACAUAUGACAUCUGAACUGUGACAGGUGGCACCUAUUAUUCCGGGUUCCCGGGAAGCACCAAGUGGGCAGUUCUUUCGUGCUUGGGGCCACAGAGGAGUGGAGGAUGGGAGAAAGGACAGACCAUCUCAAAGCGAGGAACCGUGGGCGCGAGUUCACACCUGCGGUCUGCUGGGGCCUCCGCGAGCCUGCAUCACUUUCCUUCCACCUGUCCUAUGAAAGAAGUAGAAUAUCAAGAUGGCGGACACCCCAAUCAUGUGCUUUAUGGGUGUACUUAACAGAGUAACCACUUAUUUCAUUAACUUGCCUGUCGCUGCAGUGAUUGAUUUAUUACUAAUUAAGAAGUAACAAGUUCUUCAGUCUCCCCAUCCAGGUUCCAGGGGAACCCUGCAAAAGUGGGGUGCUGACCCAAUUCCAAGAGCUGCUGAGUAUGCACCCGGCACUGUGCUCAGUGCCGUGCCAACUCCAGACAUCUGAGGCUCGGCAUUUCCCAGCCUGUGAGUGUCUUCAGAUGCGUGCGGAUAAGAGGCAGCAGGGAUUGCCUUGGCUCGUCCAUCUCCAUGAACAUCAUUCAAGGAAGCUUGUCAUCAUCUUGCCUAAUGUCCCCAAAAUUCUGAGAGAAAACAUCACCCACAUUUGGGUGGUUGAGGACCUGGGGUCCUUACAGGCUUCGUGGGCUUCAGGGUCAGAAGAAUAACCUGGAAGGCUCCAAGUACCUAGACUCCCCAGGUGUACUCUGAUGGAACAUGCAGCUUCCCUGUCACACAGGCUGCCGUGUCUGCUCAACCGGGCUUUGGACAGGUGUCAGAACUAGUGAUGGUCCCUGUGUUUCACUGGGCAGCUUGGAAGAUCAGACAGUAAGAGAAAUUGAAGAGAUCCCUUUGAACUGUGGAGCACUGAGAACAGGUUCAUCCACACAGGAAAGGGAGUUUCUCGAAUAAUCUAACGAGGCUGGAAUGUUUCUCACACACCUGUCCCGCUCCUUCCUGACCAGCUGCAGUCAUCUCCGAAUAUGCGCUGUGACUGCAGACGGGAGGCAGGGUGAGUCCAGGGCUGAAGGAGAGGGGGUGCCUGCUCAGGGAUAGGCCUAGGUCCUGAGCUGAAGGUCACGUGGAAUCAAGGAUCAGAAAAGCCACUGUCUACUCCUGGGCUCACAGGACAGCUACCAUGCCCAGGAAUGGGAUCAGCCAAUUGGGAAUCUGGGGAUGUUCAGUUAAAUAGCUCUGCGAAGCUUAGAAAACCAUGGUUCCUAAGGGCAUCCACAGCACAUGGAGAGAGGGCGUGUGUCUCCUCACCUAGAACUGCGCUUUCCUGCCACUUCAGCAAGCAUCUCUGCCCCUUAGCAGCUGACCUGGAUCCAACAGCCCAUGCUGGCCCUGAAGACACAGCUGGGUUCCCACGGGUAAGCACUGCAAAGGGGACUCUCUGCAUUCCUGGGCAUAUAUGGAAGAGGCAAUCCAUUCUGUGAGGGGGAAGGGAAUGGGCUGGGGUGAGCCUCUCCAGAAGUUGUUUGCUAUUGGCCAGAGGGCUCUGACUGGACCAAGUAGUGGUAGCAGCAAGUGCAGGGUGGGGAGUUGGGGGUAGCGGCCUGCCAGGGUCUUCCUGCCAGUGGCUCAUUGUUUCCCUGACCACAGAUUCUAGGAGCACUAGGAGUCCAGAAGGUAAAACCAGGCCUAUGGGGUCUUUGCGGCUCCUAGGGAAGAGAGGGAGAAGUUUGAUCUCAAGGCUCUUGACUGGGGACACUUUCAGCAGGGAUUUGUGGGCUCCCUGGAGGUCUUGCUCCCUCCCAGAAGCUAGGAAGGGAGGGAGGGAGGGGCCAAAGGGAAUGGGGGCAGAGGCAUGGCUCUAUCUGGGAAAGACUUGCUGAGGGCUAAAAAAGAUGACUAAGAAGAAGACAGGGAGUUCCCUGGGAUAACAUGAGGGGAGACACACAGCCCCCACCAGGCCGCCAGGAGGCCCUGUUCUGCCAGAGGUGGGAUGGGGUGGGCAUCUGGCAGGACCAGCAUUUCAACAGCUCCACUGGAUCCUCGAAUGCCCACUAUGUCCUUGUAGACUCCUGGCUAGGCUGGAGGGUCACAGUCCCAGCCUCCACCAGAAGAAAAGCUGAGUCCAGUCUGAAGGCUGGGACCUCCCUGGGAGCCAUGGUUCUCAGGGGGCCUCUACAGAAGAGACUAAGACCCCAGCCAGUCACAGAGCCUGCAGCACUCAGCAGAGGUCCCUGGGCCUGGAUGGGCUCUCUGGCUACUCCUUUCCUGCAGGAGGAAGGAGCCAGCCGGAUUACUUUCAUCUCAGCCACAACUUGCAA